AUGUCGCACAGGGCUGCACCGCCGCCAACAAGCGCUGCCCCCCGGCGCCCCGGGACGGAGGGCAGGCAGGAGGAGGAGGAGGAGCCCGCCCCAUUGGCUCUCCCCGCGGGACUUCUCGCCGUUCCCCGUCGCUCCAUUGGCCGUGCCGCCCCUUUCCCCCGAGCCCAUUGGCGGAGCGGGACGGAAUCCCCUUCGGCACGGGGAGGCGGUUCUCGGGCGGGCACCUGCGGCCGGGGCGGCCCGGGCGCGGCGGGGGUUCGGCGGCGGCGGGGGGAACAAAGAACAUGGCGGGUGAAGGAGGAGCCGGGCCGGCCCCGCCGGGAAGAACGCUCCGGGGGUUCCUGGAAACUUGAGGAGCAAUCUUCUGUGCCUGAAGACUGCAGCUCUCACCGGAUGUGUGUGUCCUACAUUAAGAGGAAUAGAAGCAGGAUCAGCUGGGGUCCAGGAAUGACAAGUUCAGGAGAGUUGGAAGCACUCUGGAGUGAACCAGGAGGAAGCCUUUAACAGCUACAGUUGUGUCGAUAAGAGUGGAUGUCCUUGGGAGAUGCUGAAGCUCAGCUUUAUCAUGAACUUUUCUUACACUUCUCAACAUCUGCACAAAGGACUUAAUUUUGUUUGGAGUUUGUAUGGUAUGAAAGAGUCGUGGCUGUAUGGGUUUCUUCCUCCUUUCACUUGAUGUCUGUAUGUUGCCUGCAGUCAGUAAUGAAGUCUGUACAAGGUCUGCUGACAUUUGGUCUGCUUUCAAGAGCUCUGAGUGACAGGUACUGUAAACAUCCUACACUCUCAGCUGUGGAAACUAAGAAAGCUGGGAGAAGGCUGUUUACUCUCCCUGCCUUGGAAAUCAUCUAGAGGGAGAGGAUGGAACGUUGUGAGCUCUGUGUUCAUUGUAUUUCUGACAGCCUGUACUUCUUAUUUUAUGUUUGGUGUCAGUAAACAAAUAAUAGCAUUAUAUCAUGCCAUCAGGCUCUUGCAUUCUGACUGAGGCUUGAACUCAUAAUAAUAAUAAAAAAGGGCCUUCCGAACAAUGUACUUACCUGCAGUCCUGGCUUGAGGGAAACGUAAAGGGUAGCAGUAACACACAGCAAGACCUUCGUCCUUAAAUACUGGGUAGAACAGACUUAUUUUGCUGUUUGAUCACAAGUUAGUGUGCACGUUUUCAGGUUCACGCAUCAGUGGUGUAUUUUGUUAAAGUCCUCCUUAAAUGUUUCAGUCUUGUGUUCACUCAGUUUAUGUUUUCCUGCCUGGAGGGACUAGAAACAGAUGUCUGAAGGCAAAAAAAAAGAGUUCUAGGGGACUUCAAGCUUCAGUUCUUAUUUGAAGAAAUUGAGAUAUUAACCCCAAUUAGCUUUGUAUUUAAAUAAACUGAAUUAAAGAUGCUGAAGUAUUUAGCUUGGGUUUUAUACUAGCUCUUCUGUGCCACUUGCCAUCCAGGUUGAAUUAUGCUUUGUACUUUUUUGGCAUUCUUUCUUCCUUCUCUUGUUUCUUUCUAUUUCCCAUUAAUUAAGAAGAGCUUCUCAUUUUGAAAGUACAAUAAUUUUCUUUGAUUUUAAAUCUAAAAUCGUACUGGCAUGGUCUAAAUGCUCAUAAAAUGUACUUUUAUGGCUAUUCUCAAGCAGUGAUGUUGGCAGAAAUACUAUUAUUCAUGCACUUUAUUUUUUACAAUUUAUUGGAGGGGGGGCAUCUUUUGUGCUUUCAAAGAAGUUUUUCAUAAUGCAGUUAAGUUCCAAGAUAACCUUUUGUGCUCUAUCAUCAUAUUUAGCAAAGCUAUUUAAACAAAAAGCUCUGAUAGAUGAGAUGUCCUAAAGAUUUUAAAUAACUGGAUUUGGGUAGUGAUGGAAGUGGAAAGAGAACAGCAGAAUGGUAGAUCUUGUAAGGUUUUGAGAUAGUACUUCUACAGAGUGGUCUAAAAAAAAGGAAUUCAAACAGGCAGAUCUCUAAAGAAAAAAGGGGGGAAAAAAAGUCCAUGUUUUUAAGCAGUAAUUGUUCAGGAAAAGGAAAUGGAGGAAAAGAAAGUCCUGGGGUCCAGUGAAGUGCUAUAGACAGGGUUUAAGAUGGUGUCUGGCUGUACAUAAACAAACACCAGUUCCUCAGGUUUAUGACGUUUUGACUCGAUGUGUAUAGUGAUGUUGCAAGUGUGGUCAGUCUUAUAGAAAGAUGAUUUUAUGGAGAAAUGAGCUGUUCAGACUAGUGAAACGAUAGAGGGUAGCAUUUCCUAACACACGUGGUUCCCUUGGCAGAGAGAGAUCUCCAAGAGUGGUGGAGCACAGAAUUAUAUCCUCCAUCCUGUGAUAAUUCUGAUUAUAGGCCGUGCUGUUGAGAACAGGCAGUUCCUUGAAAGGAGGCAUCAGCUUUAAUAUGUGUUUUACUGUCUUUUUUAUUUUUAAUUUAGAUUUGCUUUAGGCUAAGGACUGCUGUUUUCUGUCAAAUGCUGUGUUUAGCAUUAGCUAUUUGUUGUCUAAUGGUGAAAUUCCAUCUUUGAUUUUUAUCUGUGUAAGUUGGGACUGUCAAUGCUCUUCUCAGACAUUUUUUUUUCCUUGGCCAUUCUUUCCUGUGGUUUCACUUGUGCUGGUAUUAACGUUUGUUUAAACAGUGAGCUUAGUUCAGUGGCUUGACUCAGCUGAAAAUUAAACAAGAAAACCAGCUUUUAUCUGGACCAGAUGAGUAAUAGCUUACUGCCCUACCAUGGUGCUGCGGCCAAAAUGCUAAUACCUUCAAACAUGUCCACCUUUCUAAAGGGCUAGAGCAGAUUUUGCUGUAAAUAGGACCAUCAAAUCCUAAUGCAAAAAGAGAAUGAAAAUACAGGAUUUUGUAUGUUUCUGUAUUUGGCAGUAGAUUGUUCUAUUGUUGCUGUUUUUCAGCACUUUGCUGGCAAUUGCUUUCAUAAAUUCAGAUUAAAUUAUCGCGAUUUAAACUUUUGAUUCCUUGACGGCUAUUUAUGCUUCUGUGUCUUUGAAAGAUUUGUUUACAAAGUGUAAUAAACAAAUUGUGUUGGUAAUGGGAAGCUACCAGUAAUUUUACUGCCUCCAUAUCUUUCAUUUUAAAGGUAUCCUUGGAUAUGUUUGCACCAGACAAAGCAUUGUGUAAAUUGCAUUCUUUCUAGUUCAUGUCUUGGUCUUCUUCCAUAAGUAUCACUUGCCAAGCCAAAGGCAAGCUAAGCAUUCUUUUCUCGUGCAAAACUCAGAUCUCGAGGAGUUUAAGAUUCUUUCCAAUCAAUUAAAUAUAGAGCUUUCCUAUUGUGAGAGAACAUACACGGCUUCUCCAAAACUCUCUUGCCAGUAAUGAGUUUUGGAUUGGGUCCUUAGAGAGGUAAUCUGGAGAGCUACCACAGCAAAUUGGCUGUGGGAAAUCUGUGAUUGGAAGCAUAAGCAAAAUCUGUGAUUGGAGGCAUGGGCCUUUUGCUGGUCUUUUUUUUCUUAAUGAGUGUUAUGCCAAGAUGCAAAAGUGACCUGUUCUGUGUGGUUCUUGGCACUGCUCAGGAUGGUGUCGUUCUUGCAUGCUAAGCUCAACAUGUUCCUUGGAUCGAUUGUGCUUGGGAGUCCCUGAGCAAGGCUGUCUCUUGUUUAAAGAUUGCAGCCUGACCUUGGGUUUUACAAGUGAAAUAUUAGAAAAACAUUGUAUUAGAAGUUUCAAAGAGCUGCCGGUGGGGGAAAAGGGAGGUGAAGGAGAAAGAGAGGAAGAGAUGUGGGUUACUUGUCAUACAGAGGGGAGGGGAUGGGCAGAGGGGGAAUAAUAUCCUGCUCAUUUUCAGUGCAGACGAUUUCUUGAUAACAGCAAAAGAGCAACGAUUGUCCUUGAUACAUAUACAAAAAGUGAGCAUUUAUUUUAUGCAGUAAAUUUGACUGUCAAGGGCUCUAAUUCAGUGUGUGAGAAUUGAAAGGUCUGUGACAAGCUAUUGUACUUUGAAGACCUCUGUUCUAAAAUCAAAGAAAAAAAAAUUGCUUUGAAUGAAAGAGUGGAA